CUCUCACCGGAUCACCCAACCACUAUAGGCUUUCCUUUCCUCCUUCCUGCAAACGCAGUACAGGGCGGCGCCGGCACCGGCGUGCGUGGCCGGGAAUCUCAAUUGGUCCCUGCCUUCUCACUUUUUUUCUUGGGCGGCGUACUAUCGCCUGCACUUCUUCUUUUCGGAUGGCUGGCUUAGGCGACGCCGCCAAGGAAUACAUCGCUGGAUCCGUUGCCGGCGUAGCCCAGGUGGUCGUCGGCCACCCUUUCGACACUGUGAAGGUCAAACUGCAAGCUCACAAUACCACCGCUCACGGAAAGGUCUACAAGAAUGCAUUCCACUGCACUAGUAGGAUACUGGUUGAGGAAGGAGUAAGAGGGUUGUAUAGAGGCGCAUCAUCUUCAUUUGUUGGUAUAGCACUUGAAAGCUCCCUUUUCUUUGGCACAUAUGCACAGGCCAAACAAUUACUACAGGGAAAGUCUGAGGAUUCUAAACCUCAGCUACAUGUAAUUAUCCCUUCUGCUGCCUGUAGUGGAGCCCUGAUCAGCUGCAUCCUUGCUCCGACUGAGCUGACCAAGUGCAGAAUGCAAGUUCAAGGGAAGGAAGCAAUGUAUGCGACUCGAUAUUCCAGCCCUCUAGAUUGUGCUGUGAAAACACUUCAAAGUGAAGGGGUUAGGGGUAUAUUUCGUGGUGGUUUAGCAACAUUGUUCAGAGAGGCAAUUGGCAAUGCUUUCUUCUUCUGCACUUAUGAGUACAGCCGAUAUUGGAUGCAUAACUAUAUAGAUUCUCGACGAUUUUCUGACAACAGUCACUUAGUUGCGGCAAAAGAUGUCGGAAUAGGAGUCAUGAGUGGUGGGAUUAGUGGAAUGGCUUUCUGGACAGCUACCCUGCCACUGGAUGUUGCAAAAACUAUUAUUCAGACUGAUCCUGACCCUCGGUCGAGCCGAAACCCCUUUCGGGUUUUAAACAUGGUCUAUAGGAGAGCUGGUCUGGCUGGCUGUUAUGCUGGUCUAGGACCAACACUAGCAAGAGCAUUCCCUGCGAAUGCAGCAGCGAUUGUUGCCUGGGAGUACAGUGCUAAGAUUCUUGGUUUAAGGCGUGACUAGUACUGUCGUGUUGUACGAGAGAUACAAUGCGGGUUUGUACUUGUGGGCUUCGGGCAAUAUUUACUUUUGUUUUCCCACAAACUCAGGAAGUCAAUGAGUUAAUCAAUUUUCCUGGAUUAGUUGGUAUUUA